CUCGAUUUCAAUAAACGAGGAUGGCAGAAGUGAAAUGCUACAAUGCGGCGGAAGCAUAUUAUCAAACAACAUCAUACUAACAGCGGCACACUGUCUGAAACGCACGAACAAUAUUCUGGUUAAAGUGAUUGUGUACUACAACACCAGUGAGGCAUUACAUGGACCUAAAUCAUAUGUGAAUCGGGUUAUUGUUCAUCCGCAAUACAAAAACGUAAACAUGGGCUAUGACAUCGCUUUGAUGAGCUUGGUGGAGCCACUUCGUUAUGACGCAUACGUAAGGCCUAUCUGUUUACCUAAAAAAGCCAGAACACUUGAUGAAACGCCUGCUUUGGCUUCAGGCUGGGGAUACACCAAUCCAGCAGGCAACCCUUCGCGAAACUUGCUUUAUGUAGUGCUGAAGGUAUUACCAGACCAGAAAUGCAAGUCCGCAUUGUAUGAUACAGAAGCUUGGAAAGUCAGCAGCUCAAUGUUACUGUGUACUCACACUCCUGGAAAGGAUAUCUGCAUGGGUGAUUCUGGUGGACCACUCACAGUUUGGAACGAAAAUGGCCUAUCGGAAGUAGUGGGCAUUGUGUCGUUCACUUUUGAAUGUGGUUCUCACCGUUACCCGAGCGGAUUCACUCGCGUCUCGGCGUUCACCGAAUGGAUAGACAACUCUAUAAAAUCGCCCCAGAACUGGAAGGAGCUGCCUGUCGCCUUCAUAGAUUAGUUAACCAGCGUCGAAUUUCCACCUAUUUGUACUUCAGUGAACAUUUUGGGCAACAAACACGUGAACAACAUGGUGAACUUAUCACAAACACGCCAUAAUGUAUCAGUACAAUGGAAGCCUAAAUGACUAAAAAUGUGACAGAAAAUAAAUUGCUUCUCACUUU